ACAAACCUUCUCUACCAAUUUCUUUCAUCUUUCAAACUACAGAAAGAAAGGUUCAAUUAAUCUAUCAGACUUCUUUUCUUUCUCUGAUUUCUCCAUGGAUAAAGUUGUUCUAGCCAUUUUUUAUGUUCAUUUUCUAUUUUACUCACUAGAGCUUAUUCAUGGUUCUAAACUUAUAACUUCAUGUGCCCGUACCCCUUACCCUGAAGUAUGCAACUAUUUCAUUGAAACCAAUCUCCUACAAACCCAAUAUCAAACAGGGACGACGUUUUCAUUUCGUGAUCAGUCGCUUCUAGUAACAAUGAACCAAGCCAUCAAAGCUCAUCAAAUGGUAUCAUCUAUGAAUUUUAAAUCAUUUGAUAAAAAAGCUAAGUUAGCAUGGGAUGAUUGUAUGGAAUUAUAUGAAGAUACAGUGGACCAUCUUAACCGUUCACUGAGCUCUACUAUUCCAAUAGAUUCUCAGACAUGGUUAAGUGCAGCAAUAGCAAAUCAACAAACCUGCCAAAACGGGUUUAUUGAUUUAAACUUGUCCUAUGAUGAUCAUUUAGAGUCUAUGCCAAUUAUGCUAAGUAACUUGUCAAUGUUACUUAGCAAUUCACUUGCCGUUAACAAGGUUUCUGUGCCACAUAAUACCAAACAAGUUAAUGGUCGACGAUUGUUGAUAUUUGAUGGAUUCCCUUCAUGGGUUUCAGCUACUGACCGAAGGCUUCUGCAAUCAUCAAGUGGGGUUGCUCCAAAAGCUGAUAUCGUUGUAGCACAGGAUGGGUCUGGUAACUACAAGACCAUAACUGAGGCUGUUGCCGCAGCGGUUAAGCAAAGGAGCGGGAGUAAGAGACUUGUAAUAUAUGUGAAAAAGGGGAUUUAUAAAGAGAAUAUUGAGAUCAAGAAAUCAAUGAAGAACUUAAUGUUUGUUGGAGAUGGGAUUGAUGCUACUAUCGUUACCGGGAGCAAGAAUGCUAAAGAUGGCUCUACGACUUUUCGAUCUGCAACUUUUGCUGUUUCCGGGCAGGGCUUCAUCGCGAAGGGCAUGACGUUCGAGAACACAGCCGGACCACAGAAACAUCAAGCAGUAGCACUCCGUUCUGGCUCCGAUUUCUCGGUUUUCUAUGGAUGUAGCUUCAAAGGUUACCAAGACACCUUAUAUGUAUACUCUCAGAGACAAUUCUAUCGCGACUGCGACAUAUAUGGAACUAUAGACUUCAUAUUUGGCGAUGCUGUUGCCGUUUUACAAAACUGUAACAUAUACGUCAGGAGACCUAUGAAUGGCCAGAAAAACACUGUCACAGCACAAGGAAGAAAAGAUCCCAACGAGAACACAGGCAUAGUUAUUCACAACUCAAAUGUAAUGGCAACUUCUGAUAUGAGACCAGUUCAGGGUUCUUUCAAAACUUAUUUGGGGAGGCCAUGGCAGAAAUAUUCAAGAACUUUGUUUAUGAAGAGUAACUUAGAUGGGCUUAUUGACCCUGCUGGCUGGUUACCCUGGAGUGGUAAUUUUGCUCUGAGUACUCUUUAUUAUGGAGAGUAUAUGAAUACCGGGAGUGGAGCAAGUACUGCAAGGAGAGUUAAUUGGCCUGGAUAUCAUGUCAUAACAAAGGCUACCGAUGCCGGAAAGUUCACUGUUGGAAAUUUUUUGGCCGGAGAUUCCUGGAUUCCGGGCACCGGAGUGCCUUUUGAUUCUGGUUUAUGAGUGAGUGUGGAAAGAAACGAAAGAGUUAAGAGGGCUAGAAUAUGGUGCAGGUGUUUCUGUAAUUUGGAAAGGGAUAAUAAUGACUUGAGUUUUGGGUGAAAUUUUCAUAUAGUUUGUGUUAAUUGGUUGUCCAUUUGAAUCAAUAUUAAUUUGUGCUGUAAAACUUCGUUAAUUAGGAGAAAUAAUUGUCUAAUAGUUUUUCUUAGCAAUAAAAAUAUAAAUUAUGUCCA